AGUAUACUUAUACUGUAUACGUAUACUAUUGAUGAGUAAACGUGGUACACUGUACAUAGUCGUUUACAUUAAGUGAAUUACAAUCAGUUAUGGAUUUAAAAGGAUAGGGGGUACCAGGUGCUCGAGUCCCCCUUCCGUUGGCAACCGGAAACAGCUGUAUUUCAGUGGUUCCAAGCUAUCUUCUCAUCCUUAAAAUAUUUCACGAUUAUCAAUUCAUUUUUAUUCGAGAUCUCUACUCUAAUUUCAUUACCGUUUAAUCUGCAAAUUGCGGGCGCCUGUGAGAAAAGUAAUCACGAAACGAUCACUGUCCAACUCGGUAAUAGGGUCUUACCGUGGUUAGGCGGUCACGCAAUGUCGUUGGUAACCGUGAGUAGCAUUGACCAUUGUCGUCAUGGUGAUUGCUAUGAAUUCUACAAACAUAGCCACAUUGAUGUGUCAAAGGGUGAAUGAAAAAACUGUUCGAGUGGAGCUUCCUUCCUGAUGUGCAAAGAUGUGAAUGAGUUGCCGUCCGUGAACACCGUCUCCGUCUGAAAAUUUUCGUACGUCUUCAAUCGCGCGGGUCACCGUAAGCUUCCGAUUCGUGAAGCUCGACUGUGCUCAAGGUCUCGUCACGAUGUCUGGGAAAAACACCAACGAAAAGGUCCUCGAGCUCGACACGCACGUCACCAGAAAUUAUGACAUCGUUCGACGACUCGGAAAGGGGGCGUACGGGAUCGUAUGGAAGGCGAUAGAUAAGAAAAACCGGGAAACGGUGGCGGUGAAGAAGAUAUUCGACGCUUUCCGGAACCAGACCGACGCGCAGCGCACGUUCCGUGAGAUAAUGUUCCUGCAAUCAUUCGCCAAUCACGAGAACAUCGUACGACUGCUAGGUCUUCACAAGGCGAACAACGACCGGGACAUUUAUCUCGUGUUCGAGUACAUGGAAACCGAUCUCCACAACGUCAUUAAGAAGGGCAACAUCCUGCAGGACAUCCAUAAAGUCUACAUUAUGUAUCAGCUGUUUAAGGCGAUCAAAUACAUUCACUCGGGGAACGUGAUACACAGGGACCUCAAGCCGUCGAACGUUCUACUGAACGCCAAAUGUCAUUGUAAAAUCGCCGACUUCGGACUGGCGAGAUCGGUUACCCAGAUCGGCGAGGGCGAUGGCGAAACUGCCAGCGAUCCUACCCUCACGGAUUACGUCGCCACUCGCUGGUAUCGCGCCCCAGAAAUACUCGUUGCUUCAAAGAGGUACACGAAGGGCAUAGAUAUGUGGUCGUUGGGAUGCAUCCUCGGGGAGAUGUUACUUGGAAAACCAUUGUUUCCCGGUUCCUCGACGAUAAACCAGGUCGAAAGAAUAAUGGCCACACUCCCGUCACCUACCAAAGAAGAUCUGAUUUCGGUCAGCGCUGGAUACGGAACUAAUCUAUUGGAGAAGACACCGAGUGGACCAAGGCGUUCUUUGAAGGAUAUACUGCCUGGGGUGUCGAAGGAGGCCUUGGGCCUUAUCAGUAAUUUGAUACUCUUCAACCCCAAUCAUAGAUUAACGGCUGUGGAGGCUCUGGAGCACCCCUACGUGGCCGACUUUCAUCAAAGAAGCAACGAACCAGAGCGAGGAUCGAGCGUGGUGCCGUUGCUCAGCGACGAUGUGCAGCUCUCCGUCGACGAGUACAGAAAUAAAUUAUAUUCGAUGAUGGACGAAAAGCGUCGAAAGCAUAAAAAUAUGUCCAAGUCAAGGAUCAGGCGACUUUCGGAGCACAUCAGGAAGGAAACCAACAGCCCUGUCAUUGGCCAGGGCGACGCGGUUGUUGGCAAAAAUCUUGCUCACUCUUACCAAGAUUUACGGAAAGAGAGAGGCAAAAGCGACGCGUACGAACCCUCGUGUUUAGAGGGUACUGCUGUUAUCAAAUCGCGAGGCCAGCUGCAGAGUAGAAAAACGUUGCGGCAGCCGCAAAUCGACAGCGGUGAAAGGAUUACGAAGACGAGGACGAUAAGUACGUCUAUGGAGCCGCAAACGCAGAACAUCGUCAGGAAUCUUCGACCAUCUGCCAAGAACGUGGCGACCCAGUACACGUACAAUUUAAUCAACAACAACGCCAGUAAUUUCACACCGAGUACAACGAAAAGCUGUCUCCACAUCAACCAGCAACAACUGUCCAAAUCUCAGCGUUCCAUACAGUCGGACCAAGCGGUGUGCGCACCAGGAGGCAGAUCCUGUCAAUUAAGCCAACUGGGUCGAACAAAAACGCGAAGGAACUGCAAGCAGGUCCGUGGAUCCGCAGAAUGCUCAUCAGACACCAACUGGCGCGAGGAGGACCGAAGGAAGAGCUUCUCCUACGACAGUCCCAACAGCCUUCAGACGAAGUACUUGGCGAGAACCUCUGACAACAGCAUAGGCUACUCUCUCAGGUCUGGCAGUAACAAGAACACCAGCAGCAAUGUUAACAGCGCUGAAUCCCUAUCAGCUUCGUACCUCUCCACCUCUAGGAGCCAGGCUAUUCGAAACUACUUAAAUCAGACGUUGCCUCCACGUGUCGAUGAACAAUCGGUGCUGGCGUGCCGAACAGGGAGCAGCCUGGAUCAUCGACUGAUUUUAAGGAAUAACGCUGGCGACGUGAACAAGGUGCAGGUGUCGUCCUCGUUAAAAGGACCCAAUUAUCCUUUAAUAGGCAGCAACAGGCUCAAGAACGGCGCUCUCAAUGGCGGUCAUAGGGUGGAAUCGAAGCACGUCGUCGAGGGCAACGCUAUCGUUGAGAAGAAAUCGACGUCAGCGAUACGUGACUCGCGUUUCCUCGAUAGCUAUGCGCAAAGCCACGGUGUGAUAACAGCCUCCGCGUAUAAAGACUUACGUAACGGGACUAUACGGUGGUAAAAUAUCGCCGAAUCGAGCUUUCGAGGGAAAGGAACGCCGACAGCCACGAUUUACGACGACGAAAGGACGCGGACGAAUAUUUUUUUAAAUCUUCGUAGAUUAGAACGAUACUUUGGUUACUUUGGAUGCAUAGGUUUGGAGCGAUACGAGGAUUUUAAUUUCUGGAGACUUCGACAGCAGGAAAUUGGAGGUUUAGGAAAAUUGAAGAUGGGGGAGAAAGUGGAAGCAGCGACUCUGUAGCAGACCCCAUUGUCCAUUUGAAAUUAUCUUACGUAAUUUCCAAGCCUCAAGCAAAGAACUUUCUGUUUUAAUCGUGAAAAUCAGUUGAUCACAGCAAUCGACCAAUAAUCAUUACUAUUCAUAAUUGAGUACACAUGCACUCUCACAAUUAAACUGCAACGUGUGGUCGCCUUCACUCUGUUCCCCAUCUUGAAUUUCAAUAAAUUCAAACGUAUUUCCCGCAUUGCUCCAGGGUCGACAAAACUCCCAUCGACUUUCUUGUUCAUAGAUAAGACUGGUCAGGGUCGACCCCUCGAACGUCACUUAAAUCGCCAUAAAACGUUCGACGUCAGUGUUAUGCAAACAAGGAUCGAUCGGUCGUCUUUUCACCGCGCUAGGUUCGAUAAUUGUAGUGGUUGGUCGAAGAACACGGGAAACUGUGACAACCUGUGGCGGAUCUAGACUUAUAGGGGCUUUAGAAGUUAAUUGCUUUGGGACAAUCCUCUUCUAAAACGUUUCGUGAAAAUAUAUAUACUGCCUCCUAUUAUUAUCUGCGAGGACUGCUUCGAAAGCUAGAAAAUCGAAGGAUAUGUUAAAAAUAUAAAAAUCUAAACAGUGGAAAACCGCGCAUACACAACCUUUUACUAGGAAAAACUCUCAACAAAUAUGUUGGAAAUAUGUUGGUUUAAUUAGUAUCAUGGUGGAUCCGUUACUGGUACUAGGAAACAAGUGAAUGAUUCAUGUUAACGUGAAGCCAAAUUUUAUUCGCGCGCAACGAUUUCAUUUUCGAUUAUGCGAAAAAUCUUCGACGACGUCGCGACGUAGCGUGUAAAAUUCUUUGUAAUAUAUCUUUUUUGUGAUACUUAUACCCGGCUAUGUGAUAACGUCUAAUUCUUAUGUAUUACCUGUCGUGGAAUAAAUUUUUACCAAAGGACGCGUUUAUUUCCUGGCUUUACGUGUCCUGAUCAAAAGCGUCCCGAUGAGAUAGCCUCCUAUCGCGACGCUAGCGGUUGCACCCUCUGCGCGUUGGAAA